AUGUUUAGGCCUUUGCUAGCCCACGUUGUCAACAUACCUGGUCUUUCGUCUGAUGUAACUCUUCAAUUUCAAUCACCUGAGGUAAUGAGUAUUGCGCUGCUUCUGGACAACAUGCUCUACAUGGUGAUAGUUCCCAUCAUCCCCGACUACCUUCGAACUAUCGACGUCCUUCAACGCCGCGAAGACCUCAUCGCCAACUUUUCACAAACCGCCCAACUGCACAACUACACGGGAAAGGAGAAAAUAAAGUUCAACUGGCUUGUGCCGGAGGCCGAGGAUGCAAAGAUAGGCACAUUAUUUGCUUUCAAGGCCAUUGUUCAGCUUUUAAUCAACCCUUUAUCUGGUCAUAUCAUCGACCGGAUUGGUUACGAUAUUCCCAUGGUGAUAGGUUUGAGUGUGAUCUUCGUCUCCACGUCAGUUUUUGCAUUCGGUCACUCCUACGGAGUGAUGUUCACAGCUCGAGGACUUCAAGGGGUGGGGUCCGCUUUUGCGGACACCUCCGGUUUGGCCAUGAUUGCCGACAGAUACACGGAAGAGAGUGAACGCACAAUGGCUCUUGGUAUCUCAUUGGCGUUUAUAUCCUUUGGCUCAUUAUUUGCCCCUCCAUUCGGUGGUGUGCUUUACCAGUAUUGUGGGAAAGAAUUCCCUUUCAUAGCACUUGCUUUUUUAGCUUUAUUUGACGGAUUUUUGGUAAUGUUUAUAAUGCAGCCGGUGCGAUUGGUUCGAAUGGAACUAAAAGCCGAGGGGGCCCUUCCUAAACCAGCUCCUAUUCAUCGUCUCUUACGAGAUCCCUUCAUUCUUAUAUGUGCUGGCGCGCUCGUAUCCGCCAACGUUUCUCUGGCCUUUCUCGAGCCGACCAUUGCAACGUGGAUGCAAGACACUAUGCAGGCCACCAAUUCACAGGCUGGUCUCAUCUGGCUCCCUGCUUUUCUGCCACAUGUCUUGGGUGUUUAUACAACUGUUAAGCUUGCUGAAAAAUAUCCACAGUACCAGUGGUUAAUAGCUGCUAUAGGGCUGUUGCUUGAGGGCAUAAGUUGCAUCUUCAUUCCAUCCUGUAAGAAUUUUGUGAGUCUCAUGAUACCCAUUUCCAUCCUUUGUUACGGAGUCGCCCUGGUAGACACUGCUAUACUUCCGUGUUUGGGGUACCUGGUGGACACACGUUUUGUCUCCAUCUACGGAUCUGUUUACGCUAUCGCAGAUAUAUCUUACUCUGUCGCCUACGCCAUCGGUCCCAUAGUGGCGGGAAAUCUGCUUCGUGUUAUGAAUUUCACUGGACUCAAUAUAUGCAUUUGUGUGGUUACCUGUGCCUACACACCCUUGCUUUACAUUUUACGAAAAUGUCGUGUCCCAGAUGAAGAAAGAGAUAAGAAGAUGGGCAUAAAAGGCAAGGUAGGAGAUGUCGAGAAAUGUGCGGGAGUUCGUCCGACGAAUUUCUCUAAAGGACCUAGACCAGUAUCCGGAAAACCACUGCCAAAAUUGCCCGUGCCGGAGUUGCGAACCACGCUAACUCGGUACCUCGGUGUGGUCGCUCCAAUUGUUGACGAGGAGACCUUCAAAAGAACGCGACGUCUCGUGCAUGAAUUCAUUCGUUCCGGUGGUGAAGGCGACAAGCUUCAAGCUGAGCUUAAAGCCUAUGCAAAAACUCAAGUCAAUUGGGCCUUUUCUUGGUGGCUUGAGGACAUGUACCUCAAAAAUCCCCUUCCGCUGCCACUCAACUCCAACCCGGCGAUGGUGUUUCCUCGGCAUCAGUUUAUCAGCGCACGCCAGCAGUUGCGGUUUGCUGCGCAACUUAUAUCAGGAAUACUGGACUACAAGACUAUACUGGAUGCACGCUCAUUGCCCAUCGACCGUGUCUCGCACAACAGGAAGGGUCAGCCACUGUGCAUGGAGCAGUAUUAUCGUCUCUUCACCUCGUAUCGAUACCCGGGCGCGGAGAAGGACAAACUGGUGACUCGCGAUCUCUCGGAGGUGGCCGAAGACGCGCAUGCUGUUGUCGCUUGUCAUGAUCAGUUCUUCAAGCUGGAUUUACUUUCCCAAGACUGUCGACUAGGCGAGGAGGAGAUAUACAACCAACUGAGACGGGUCGUGCGAGAGUCCUCUGCAAACAAGGAGAAGGUGCCGCGUAUCGGAGCCCUCACAGCUCUGCCCAGACCGAGAUGGGCGGAAGUGUACAAGCAUCUGGACCAGGGCAAGUUUGAUCCUGUGAAUGCACAAAAUCUCGAGGAUAUUGAGAAGAGUAUGUUUAUUCUGUGCUUGGAUGUUUCACCCGUGCCCGUUAUCGAAUCCCUGGAUGAGGCGGAUCUGACUGAAGAAGACGGAGAAGAAUACGGUUCCGAGACUAAUCCCAAAUCAGAACAUCGAAACGACGUUUUUCUGGUCGAACAGAUGCUCCAUGGACAGGGGAGCAAGCUGAAUGGUGCAAAUCGUUGGUAUGAUAAAACUAUGCAGUUCAUCAUCUCUCGCGACGGGAAUUGCGGCCUGAAUUAUGAGCACUCAGUGGCAGAAGGAGUCGCAGUUAUUCGGCUUAUCGAGUACAUACUGAAGUAUAUGCAGGAGGUAAAGCGUUGGCAAUUCACCCGACACACCUCCAUUUGCGCAUUGCCCGAGCCGACGAAACUGAAGUGGAACGUCGACGAGACAACAAAUGCUGCCAUCGACGAGGCACUGGCUGAGGUGGACAGACUUACCGAGGAUCUCGAAUUGUGCGUAAUGCGGUUCAACAAAUAUGGUCGAGAUUUUCCAAAAACGGUGAACAUGAGUCCCGAUUCCUUCAUCCAAUUGGCACUUCAGUUAACACAUUUCAAAAUGCACGGUUAUCUUGUGGCGACUUAUGAAAGCGCCUCCACCAGACGGUUUCAGCUUGGUCGGGUGGACAACAUUCGAGCGUCCUCUGUGCCAGCUCUGAAAUGGUGUCGCGCAAUGACCGAAGAACUGGGCACAAACACGUUGGAUGAUCGAAUACGACUGCUCCGCGCAGCUAUGGAUUGGCAAACCGAGGUGAUGUUGGAGACCAUUCUCGGUUACGGCGUCGACAUUCACUUGCUCGGGCUGCAGCAGACGGCUCUAAUGUUGGGGAAGCUCAUGCCGAGUAUAUUUGAGGAUCCCACAUACAAAAAAGCCAACUGGUUUCGUCUCUCAACAAGCCAGGUACCAACUACAAUGGAUACAUUCAUGUGUUACGGUGCCGUGGUGCCGGACGGCUACGGUGCCGCUUAUAACCCCCAUCCCAACAACAUAGUGGCUGUAAUCAGCUGUUGGAAGAGUGAUCCCAACACGAACGCCACGCGAUUUGCUGAGCUGCUUGAAGAGUCUCUUGUGGAGAUGCAUGAUCUCGUCUUAUCGAAUCCGGAGUUGGCGAUGCAAAAGUCGCCCGAACCAAAUCAGUGGACGAUUCCAGAGGAGAUAACAGGAGUCCUUGAUAACUAG